AUGAGGCUAAAACGGCUCUGUCAGAACCGGGGCAAGGAGGGAAAGUUCAAAUGUCACGUGGACCAGUCGGUCCAUGAUGACUACACGAACGGCGGCGAAAAGAAAGAAUGGCUUGAGAUCGCUCUAGUCGAGGCGAUUAAGCAAGUCGGGCCAGAAUCGGGGCCCGCAGCUUUCAAGAAAAUCAAGGCCGCUUUCGCGAGCCGCAUCGUCGUGGUGAGGGAGCGACUCCAGUCGAAAGAGCGCGAGAUUCAUGGGGAGUGGCUAACAGAAGAGAAAAUGGUGAAGGGCGGCGAGUUUUCAUCGAUGCUUUGCUGCAUUUUGCCUGCUGCUGCCACGACUGCCAGUGCGCAUCUAUUUGUGCGUUGGAAAUACGACCAGAGUGUCAAGGAGUAUUUCAUCGAGACUCAGACGAAGACGAUAGUGAAAGCUUCAGACCUCACGCGGAUCUCGGAAAUCAAAGAACGUGAGGACUCAACGCCCGCCCUGUGGUACACAUAG